AUGGCAGAGUCAGAGAAUGGUGAUGUAAAGGCCGCUGAAGAGCAAAUCAAGGUAGUUACCUUGAAACUUGCUGUUCCUGCGUUCAUUACCAAGGAAGUUUUAGAGUUUCCAAUUGGGUUAACUGAUACUCUAGUUGAUAUAAAGCAAACUUUAGCUGUUUUCCCAGUGACUAAGGAUUUAACUAGCUUUGAAUUUCAUUAUAGAGAUAUCAAUUUGACCGAAUGCUUUCCUGAAGAAACGACUAUAGAAGCUGUUUUUGAAGAAUUGCAACUUGAAGUUGGUGAUGUAAUUUUCUUGCAAGUGAAGGAAAAGGCUUAUAACUUGGCCGCUAUUUAUGAUCAUCUUACUCGCUUCCGUGAAUCUAUUGGGUUACAUUUCAUUGAUAAGAUUUCUCAAGAAUUCGGUGUUGCUAGUGGUGCUUCUACCCUCAAUAAUUUGAACUUAACCCCAGUGAAAGAACAAUCAGAACCUGAGUCUGAAAAGUCUACUGAAGAAAGUGAAUCAAAGGAAAAUGAUGAUGAAGAAAAGCCAGCUGUUUUGGAACUCUCUAAGGAAGAGCUUUCCCAGCUCAAGGAUGCAUCUUCUGACAUUCUUAAUCUUACCACUCAUGGUUUCAAUCUUGAUCAAUACGCUAAAUUUGAUGCUCCAACUAAGAACUUGAAGAUGCCAAUCAAAUCGUUGACUGUCUCUCAAUGGUCACCAGUUCCUGCCUUGCAACAAGCUAAAGGUGACUUAAUGUACUUGACUUUACAAACAUUGGAAAACGAAACUUUCAAUAUCACUUGCCACUAUUCUGGAUUUUUUGUAAACAAGUGUUCUACAAUUAACUUCAAUCCUGCCAUUAAGGUCAACGAAAAGGGUUCUUUUAACAAGGAAUUUUUAUUAUCCCACUUGGUGGAUUCUCUUUCUCCAUUAUUUUCCAAAACUCUUGCCGAAAAUGAAGAGACAUUAUCGAAUGCUACUUCUUAUCCAGAAAGUUAUUUGUUGGAGAGCAACUGCUUUUUAGCUGCUCCAUGGGUUGUGGAUCCUACUACUUUCAAGAACUAUCCUGAUGUUUCAAGAUCCCAAUUACCAUUGAUCACCAAUGGUGUUGAUGGUUCUGAUUACAUAAAGGAAUGGAAUGAGGAUGUUCAAACCAUUCGUGAGUUGCCAACUACCACUCCAAAUGAUCAAAUUCUUAGAGAGAAAUUGCUUCACAAAUCAUUGCAUGAUUUCACUGAAGUAGCCACCACUACAGCUAUCAAUAUUAUCAAGGGUAAUGUGACACCAAUGAACCCUGGUGAACCCGUUAACCAACACAUUUUCUUGAAGAAUGGUAUCUUCUACUCUUUCAAUACUGAAGAUGCAUUUUUGUCAACUGGUGGUGUUGAAGCCGCCAGAUACGCAUCAGCAAAGGAUUUGGCCAGUGUUAAGAUUUUGAACCGAAUGAACGUUUCCAGCAUCUCUAACUUGGUUACUUGCAUUGUUGAUUACUUGGGUAAGAGAGUAAUUUGUCAAGCUCCUGUUCCUGGUGUUUUAUCUAGUGGAGUUGAUGAAGAAGUACCUGAAGAUAAAGUCGCAUAUGGAUUGUCAACUGAUGGUGAGAAGUUUGUUCAAGAUAAAUCUUUUGAAAAUGGCUUAAAAUCUGUUGCUGAAGUUUUCCACUUGAAAACCCACUCAGUUGAAUUGGAAAAUGGUGCCAAAUCUGAUGGUGAUCUUUUGAUCUCAAAGGAUAUUAAGGGUAUUGUCGGUAGUGACCAUAGAAAGUAUAUUAUUGACUUGUACAGAUCCACGCCCCUUGACAUUGAGUUUAUUGAACAAAAUUGGAACGAAUCUGAAGAAUCAAGUUACCCUCACAAACAAGCAAGUGUUAGACAUGAAGCUGUUGAGGAAUGGUGGAGACGUAGUGUUUCAGCUCUCUUAAAGGAGGAAGCUGAAAGAUUGGAAAAGGAAGGAAAGCUUGAGGCUAAAGAAGGUGAAGAAAAGCCUCAAAUUGUCCUUCCAACUGAUAAGGUUGUUUUCAAUCCAGAUGCAUUCUCAGGUAUCAAUGAAUCUGAACAAGAUAGAGAAGACGUCAGAACCAUUUCUAAGUUCAUUAAGGAACAUUUGAUUAAAGAAUUUUUGGACGAAUUGCCAAAAGUUAACCCACCAUUUGAUGGUGGUCAUUUGUCAGUCUCAUUGCAUAAGAAAGGUAUCAACUUGAGAUAUCUUGGUUUUAUUGCUCAAAAUGCUCAAGAAAGGCUUUCUAAGACGUUGAGCUCUUUGAAGGAAACUAUUAGCUUGAAUGAAAAGGAAAUCUCCAAGAGAAAGGAGGAAGAAGAGAAGAAGAAGAACGAAGAAAAGGAUGUGAAAGAAGACGAAAAGAAGGAACAAGAAGAGGAGAUUACUGAAAAGAGUUUAAUUGAUGUUACUCAAGUGUCCGCAUCAUACGAAGCACUUUACAAGACCGCAAUUCUUGAAAUGGUUUCUCGUGCAGUUAAGCAUUUAUUGCGUAAACUUUCAGCUGAUCUUCCUUGCUAUUUGAUGCCUUCAUUUGUCUCUCAUUUUCAUAAUUGUUUGUUGGGUGGUGACGUCAACUCUACUCCUGUUUCUGAUGUCGAUGAAGAUUUGAAGUCUUUCUUUGGUGCUAAGAGUUUGGAAUAUUCUCAAUUGACCACUGAAUCUGUCAUUGAUUUAGUUGAAAAGGAAGUCUUUAUUCGUUACAGAUUCCAAUUACCAAACACAUGGAUCUCCGAAGUCUCCAAGUUGCAUUUACUUCGUGAAAUUGCCUUGAAAUUUGGUAUCCAAUGGAAGUCACAACCUUAUUAUUUCACCAAGGAGGAAUUUGAUGCCCAUGUAACUUCAGAAACCACUCAAGUAGUGGAGAACGGUUCCAAGAAGAACAAUAUUAAAAAUAAGAAGAAGUCUUCUCAAACCAUCUCUACCAAGGAAGUGUUGAGAAGCAGUACAUUUGUUGCUGAUGAUAUUGUUAAUUUCACACCAGUGGUUAAGGAUUCCGGAUACAGAGCACGUGUUCUUGAUGAUAUGUUUGAAACUGUUAGAGUUCAUAUUGCUAAGGAUGAAAAGGAAGUUGCAUUCCGUUAUUUGGCGGAAUUGAUUACUGUCUACGAACAGGUCUACGGUAGAGUUAAUCCCGAAGCAGCCUACUUUUAUUCCAAUUUGGCACAAAUUUACUUUGAACUUGGUGCAAUUUCUGAAGCUGCUAAUAUUGGAAGAGUGGCAUUGAUUUUGAAUGAAAGAACUUAUGGUUUUGAUUCCCAUGAAGCCAUUACUGCCACCAUUAACUCUGCAUUCUUUGAGAUUUCCAAUAAGGACUUUGUUAAUGGGUUCAAGCUUUACGGACAAGCAAUUAAGGAUUUAUGCUUCACUUUCGGCACUCACCCUUCAUUGGUUGUUACCUUGGCUAACAUGGCAGACACUUUAGCCGGAGUUAAGGCCUAUGAUGAAGCCGUCUUGUUCUAUGAAAGAGCAGCUGAGUUAUCCAUCAAGCUCAAUGGAGAAUACUCUUCUAUCACCGGGUUAAUGUACUAUAGACUUGCCAACUUGUACAUUACUGUCAAGAAGAUCAAAGACUCUGGGAAACUCUAUGCCAAGUGUGUUGAUAUCUUUUCUCGGGUUUUAGGACCAAGUGACACCUAUACCAAGGAGUCUGUCAAAUAUGAAGACAACAUUGCCAAGUACUUGAAGUUUUUGGACCUUCAAAAGAAGCAGACGCAACAGAGCAAUAACAAACCUGUUCCCGUUAAGUCCGCAUCUGGUAAGUCCGCUCCCGUUAAAGCUUCGAAGAAGAAGGGUAAGAAAGACAUUCAACAAGACCCUGAAUUUGCUAACAAAUCUGUGGAAGAAAUCUUGAAGUUUAUCGAAGGUGAUAAGAAGAAGUCGUCCUCGUCUUCCAAGAAGUCUAAAAAGAGAUCUCUGUAA